CUACUACGACACGUUCAGUCGACGCUUCGUAGCACAACGCAACGCCUGCAAGUUCACAACGACUGUUGAGACUCGCCAAAAAAAAAAAAAAUCUGACGACCGUCCGCCAUGGUUCGGUUAAUCAGUGUCCGAUGCAUAAUAGUUGCACAUCUGUGAUUUAUUUUUUUGUUCAUUGAUCUCGUUUAAAUAAUAUUAUAUUAUACAAUUCUGUAAAACGCAACAUUUUUCCGUCAAACAAAAAUAAACUAGAUUCACUUGUUUGUUUUUUUUCGAUUUCGAAUCCAAACCCACAAGCGCAUCACGAGAGAGUUACCCAAAUCAACGUUGUUAUUUUAAUUAUUAUCGAGCUGAGCAUUCUGAUGAAAACAGAAACGCUACAGUAGCCCACGGAUAUAUAAUAUAAUAUACUACCGCUAUAUUAGGUAUAUUAUUAUUACUGCUGUCGUUUGAACUUGCGCGUCCGAAAAUCAUUCAAACUGUAUUGCAAUCAGAAACUCCACACGCCGACCGAAGAAACGGAGACCAUACUGCAGUCAUCUGGUAUCGGUUAUAGUGAUAGAGUAGAAUGAACGCGCACCAUCGGAGAUCCAUGAUGCGUGUCAGGUACCGGGUGUCGGUUCCGGACGUGACGGUUCUCCACAAAAGGAAGCAGACUCCACUCUUAAGCAUUAGACAGCUAUAUAUCAUUGCAAUUAAAAAAAAAUUAUAAUACCACAUUUUUUCCAGUUAUCUAGUUUUACCUAGAAAGCAUCAUCUUACCUGAAAUGCCAGGACUCUAUAUAGGUGUAACAAAUUAACAUUUUACCGGUCGUAAAUUGCAGCAGCGCCUGCCCGCCACCGAUGCGUGGCCUCUAUGUACUUUAAGGUCUCCGCACACGAUAUAGAACAUAUAUUACUAUAUAUGUGUAUAGAGGGUGUUUGGUCGUGUGUCGCUUGUGCUCACAUAUCCGAUAUGUGGUACCUUCGACUGAUAUGUCACUGUAUAUCUUAAUACAUGUAAAAAUAAUUGUAUUACGCCUGUCGUAAUAAAUUAAAAUAUAUUAUUGUUUACGAUAUUAUGAUGACAUAUUAUAGUUUACAUUAUUUACCCGUGUUUUCUGUGUGUUAUAAGAUCGUCAAUAAAAUGUGUUUGCCGCUGUUGUUUUUGUUCGCUUAUAGGUACCAAAGUCCACGUAGAUCACCCUCUGCCAUCAGCACAACAGCCACCGACAUGUUAACCGAGUGUUGUGACGUCAUAGUGGCGCACAGCCCACCGAUCUACAGCGGGCCGCCACAGGAUCAACUAUCCGUGCUCUACCAGAACUUCCGGUUGGUCGUGAACCAGAAGCAACAGUCACCGUUGGCGGUACGCCGAUCGUCCUUUUCACCAACUCGAUCGGACGACAGACAGUCGUUGGUCAACAACUUGCCGAGCUCCAGCAAACCUCGCAGACCAUGUCUUGUCAUCAGGGCCGAUUCGGAGAGCAGCAUAGGAUCGUCGUCGUCGAGUUCGUCAUCUGACGAGAACGAACCGUCUAGUCCGAUCCGGAGAAAGAAGAAAGUCGUAUUUGCAGACGACCGAGGCCUGUCUUUGACUCAAGUGCGAUUGAUGAACGAACCGUCGAACCAGCCGCCGAAACUGAUGACCGCCAAACCGUAUUUUCAGAACUUAACGCAGUCGGCCGCAUCGUCGUCCUCGUCGUUCCUCCUCCAAGCGGACGCCGCGACCAAACAGACGGGAGCGGCUGCGGACAAUUUGCCGCCGCAGUGGAACCUGAGGUUCUCGCAGCCGGCUUCCAGCUACGUGGACUUCCGGAAGCGGUUGGACACGGACAACGUGUCGCUGGAGAACGUGAUCGUGCGGUCGCCGGACCGGCGGAUAGUGGGCACGGUCAAGGUGCGCAACCUGUCCUACGACAAGCAAGUGUUCAUCCGGUCCACGCAGGACCGGUGGGCCGAGCACUUGGACACGCCGUGCACGUACGUGCAGAACAACGCCAUGCUGGGCGCCGCGUCCAGCGGUCCCGCGCCGAGCGUCGCGGCCAUCUACGACACGUUCUCGUUCCAGUUGCCGCUGCCCGUGCACGCCGCGUCCAUGGAGUUCGCCGUGUGCUACAAGAGUCCCGAGUUCGAGUGUUGGGACAACAACGACGGCCUCAACUAUUGCGUGUCCGUGGGCGGCCCGUCCAACGGCGGCCCGCUGCCGCCGCAACAGCAGCUGCUCCAGUCCGCGCUGUCGCCCGUCCUGGUCUCCGACUUCGACCUCCACCCGAAGCAGCCCGUCCACUAUUUCGGCGCCCAGUCCAGGCAGAACUCGUGGUCCGCGUGGCGCGACCAGAAAACCGACGCGUCCGCGUACUGGUGAACGUUCCGUCCGCCGCCUGUCAGCCAUAGUCCGCCAGUCUAAAAUAUUAUGGGAUUUUUUUUUAAUUUCGAAAAAAAAGCUGCAACUUUGACAAAGUUAAGCAGUGAGAACUGUACGUUGCUCAUCCAAAAUAUCAUUAUUAGUCGACGUGCAUGACCGCGUGUAAAUAACAGAUUAAUGUUAAGUAAAACGAAAUGUAUACGUUUGUUUUUAUACAAUUUUUGAAUUUUUAUAUAGGUACCUCUAUUUAUUGUUUUAGAUUAAGCUUAUUCGAAAAAAUUUUAUUCAUCAUCACAUUUUUUUUAAAUAGAAUAUUAUAUCAACGAACUGACAAUUUUUUUUUUAUUUAAUAAAAAAAAAAUAAAUAAACAGUUAUAAAUCAAAUACUGUAAUCUAGUGAAAUCGUUGAUUUGAUAUUUUAACUUAUUUCCUGUUUUAAUGUAUUGAAGUAUAAAAAGAAGAAAUGUUAAUCUUAAAACUAAUUUAUUCUUAAUCUUAUUAUUAUUAUUAUUAUUAUACACAUAUUAUAUAAACAUUUUUUACGUUUCAUGAAUUUUACUUGUUGAAUAUCAUUGUAUUUUUUUUUUUUAUAAUAGAAAGUGAUAUUGUGUAAAUUAAAGACUAAAUGGCCAUCUCAUAAGACUGAUCUGUACAUAUAUAUUAUAAUAUUCGUAUUUUACUUUUCUUGUUGUCACGGAAGACCCGAAAACUUCUGUUUAUUAUUUUCAUUUUGUAUAAUUAUUUGUUAUUUAUUUUUAUUACUACUAUUUUUACUUUUAUUUAUUAUUACCCACUAUUAUUGUGUUCUCUCAAAUCAUUUACCAACCCCCAUUUUAAGUUUAUAAUAAUCCUAGUGUUGUCCGUUUUGGCGGAACUACCCUUCUUCAAGUACACUGUAAUAUUUUUUUUGAGAUGGCCAAAACCAAUAUUUUAAUUUAAAUAAUUGAAUUGUUAAAAAAAAAAACUCGCGUUUAUUUUUAUUUCAUAGAAAAUUGUUUAAAUCUCACCCUUACCACUAUUCUGCCCCAGCUCCUUCCACAACUCACGUAAUAAAUAUACAACUCGCUAUAUAUUUGUCCAUACACACUUAUAUAUUUAUAGCGUUUAGUUUUUACUAUUAUUAUUUAUUAUUAUUAUUAUUUAUUUUUUUUUUACAAUAUUUAUGUUUAAACUAACAUUUUGUUGUACAGAUACAGCGCAUUGUAUCAAUGUAGGUAACCUAUACCUAAUAAUAACGGUUCAUAACGCAGCAGUGCAUAGUAUAUAUUAUAGCUUUUAUACGCGCGAGUCCUGUUUAUUGUUAUUGUUAUUACUCAUACGAACCGCAUAAUCAUUAUCCAUAACUAUUCCCCUAAAACAAGAUCGUGAUGUCUAGUCGUUUCGAUCGCUUGUAAAUAUCGUCUCAUCGAAGUUGAAAUAAAAAACGAAAAUAUAAUUAGAAACUAAAUCUAGUCAUUAGCUUAUAAUGCUCGAUUAAAAACGCGUUCCCCCGUAUAUAUGCGAACCAUGACAUUCUGUAGGACGCAUUGCUGCUUUAUGUGUUCCCGUUUUAGACCGAAAUAUUGUUUAUGUAUUUGCAAACACGUACUUUUUUUUUUUUUUAUAUAAAACAAUAUAUAUAUUAUGUGAAAAAUCAUAUUGGUUUAGUCUUUAUCGAAUUUAAUUUUACAUCAAUAUUGUUUAGUUAUAAUAUUAUGUAUUGUGUAUUAUAUUAAUAAUUAUAUGUAGGUAUAUUAUAUUAUAUUAAUAACCAUUGUUAAAUAUAUCAUAAUCAUAUCCAUAGAGUAUAAUAUUAUUUAUUGUUUAGUGAUGUAUAGUUGAACUCAUUAGUUGGAUGUUUCCAUAAGUAGUCGCUCGAGGACUGUGUAAAUAUCAUAUUAUUGUAAUAUCAGAUAGUAAUAAAUAACUAACAUUAUAAUGGUAUAACAUUGUAUAUUAUUGUAAAAAAAAAAUCAUAACCAUUAAUUUUUAACUUUUGUGAUUUGUAUAUAAAUUAUUAUCAUCAUCAUUGUAAGAUUAUCUCUAUAUUAUUAUUAUUGUUAUUAAAUAUUUAUUUUAUUUUAAUUAUUAUAUAAUAAGAUAUAUCAAUCAAUCGAUACGCUAAUCGAUUUUUAAACGCCGAUUAAUGUACAAUAUCCAUUUUUAUGUAUUGUGCAAAGUGAAUUGUAAAAAUAAACAGUGUUAUUUUUGGAUAUAA